CCCGUCAGCAUCCAACGGGCGCCGCUUCAAGUGAUCCCCCAACACCUAUACACCAGUAUCCAAAACCAAAUUCAUCGGCCCCACUCCCACGACACCGCCGAUGUGGCCGCUUCCUCGCCACAACUUCCACCCCCUCCUUACCAAGGCACGGUCCAUGCACCACCAUCCCGCUCCACCGAACCGCCGCCGCGGAAAGCAGCGUCCAGCCUUCGAACUCCGUGCCCACCCAAACCACGCGUCCCUCCCUCUCCUCCCCGCCGCCAUCUCUUGCCGCGAGACGCGAUGCCGCCGGCCGCCGCGCCGGCGACCCGGAGCCCGGUGCACCAGUCUCGCGUGCGGGUUCUCCGCCCUGGCAACGGCCGGACGCCCGGGCCGGUCGUGUAUUGGAUGCUGCGGGACCAGCGUCUCGUAGACAACUGGGCGCUCCUACACGCGGUCGGCCUCGCCGCGGCCGCGACCCCGGCCGUCCCGGUCGCCGUCGCCUUCGCGUUGUUCCCGCGUCCCUUUCUCCUCGGCGCGCGGCGCCGCCAGCUGGGCUUCCUCCUCCGCGGCCUCCGCCUCCUCGCCGCCGACGCCCGCGCACGCGGCAUCCCGUUCUUUUUCCUGGAAGGCGGGCAUAAGGAGGUGCCGGCACUCGUGAGUCGGCUCGGUGCGUCGGCCCUCGUUGCCGACUUUUCGCCACUGCGGCCCGUGCGAGAGGCCAUUGACACCGUCGUCGGGGAGCUUAGUCGCGACGCCGCCAGCGUGGCCGUGCACCAGGUGGACGCGCACAACGUGGUGCCGGUGUGGGCGGCGUCGGGGAAGCUGGAGUACUCGGCCAAGACAUUCAGAGGCAAGGUGAGCAAGGUGAUGGACGAGUACCUGGUGGAGUACCCCGAGAUGCCGUUGAUGGCACCGUGGGACGGGGAGCAACCGGAGGAUAUCGACUGGGACGCGCUGAUUGACAGGGUUUGCAGUGAGGCAGAGAAUGUGCCAGAGAUUGACUGGUGCGAGCCGGGAGAGGUGGCAGCAAAGGAGGUGCUUCUGGGGAGCAAGGACGGGUUCUUGACUAAGAGGAUCAAGAGCUAUGACACAGACCGCAAUGAUCCUACAAAGCCACGUGCAUUGUCUUGUCUUUCGCCUUACUUGCAUUUUGGGCACAUUUCUGCGCAGCGGUGUGCUCUGGAGGCAAAAAAGUGUCGUCAUCUUAGUCCAAAGUCAGUGGACGCAUUCUUGGAGGAACUGAUAAUAAGGAGGGAGCUAGCUGACAACUUCUGCUACUACCAGCCUCACUAUGACUCGCUGGCUGGUGCAUGGGAGUGGGCUAGGAAGACAUUAAUGGAUCAUGCUGCUGAUAAAAGAGAGUAUAUUUAUACGAGGGAGCAGCUUGAGAAUGCAAAAACAUCUGAUCAUCUGUGGAAUGCAUCACAGUUGGAGAUGGUGCACCAUGGAAAAAUGCAUGGAUUCAUGAGAAUGUAUUGGGCUAAAAAGAUUCUAGAAUGGACCAGUGGACCUGAAGAAGCACUUUCAAUAGCAAUAUAUUUAAAUGAUAAGUAUCAUGUCGAUGGCAGGGAUCCCAAUGGCUAUGUCGGUUGCAUGUGGUCUAUAUGUGGCCUUCAUGAUCAGGGUUGGAAGGAGCGCCCAGUAUUUGGAAAGAUACGUUACAUGAAUUACGCAGGCUGCAAGAGAAAAUUUGACGUUGAUGCAUACAUUUCUUAUGUUAAGAGAUUGGUUGCUCAGUCCAAGAAGAGGAAAGCUGAGGAAACUCCUAAUUCAGAAGCCAAGCAUUCCAAAGUCUGAGGUUGCUUAGUAUAAGAUAGGAAUAGCGGUCCGAUAUGUUUGAAACUUAGAAAUAGUUUGAGUCAGGUGUAGGUGAGUAAUGCUAAGUAGAUAUAGAGGUAGUUUCCUUUCUUUUUUGCUGGGUUUAUUCGAACACAGGAGACUGAAGACAUAUGCUAAGUAGAUAUAGAGAUUGGACAAGGUCUACGCUCCAGAUCAGUCUAGGUCACUGAUAUUCUUCAGAUGAUUAAAAAUUCAUUAGCGUUGGCUAACAUUGUCAAGUUUAGUUGUAUGUACUGAUUGCGAAUGCCAUAACUAUUUCGAAAUUAGCGAGCACUGUACUAUUGGAUGAAGUGUGCCAUAUGCUAAAUUAUGAAGUACUUGCUGGUGAUUGUGAUUUCACCCUGGAAUUUUCUA